AAACACGAUUAUGCUUGCAACGAAUUCUCGUGGAAUUGAAUGACAAUGGAGGAGGAACGAAGGAAACGUACAAGACGAACAACCUUAGACCAACUUCAUGAGGAGAGAAAUUCGGUGCUAGAAAGGAUUGAAAGUGAAAGCGAGGGCCAAACCAGCGGUUCUGAUCACUCCGAUGAUGAUUUUGAGUACAGUGACGAUGAAUAUUUUUCCUACGCUGGCAUUCAAAGUUCUGGACUAGAUUUCUCUGAUGAUGAGUAUGAUUAUGAAUGUUAUCAGGAAAUAGAAGAAGAUGAUGUCGACCCAGACGAAUUAUCAUACGAGGAGUUGAUUGCUCUUGGGGAGAUGGUGGGAGUGGAGAACAUUGGAUUGCCAGAAGCUGAAAUCAACAAACAUUUGCAGCCAUUUACAUGUCAUUCUACCACCAAUUUGAUUAUCGAUAGGUGUGUAAUAUGUCAAGUGGAGUAUGAAGAAGGGGAAGAGGUAGUUUCAAUACAAUGUGAACAUCUAUACCACAGGGAUUGCAUAACCAAAUGGCUUCAAAUUAAGAAGAUUUGCCCAAUAUGCAACAACGAGGUCUCAUCUACAGAAACAUCCUAACAUUGGAUAGCAGACAUAAAAUGAAUGUAAAAUAUUCGUACGUUGUACAAUGUUUAGUUAAAUUUAUAAUAGGAUUAUUUUUUUAAUUUCUUUUUUUUUUUUUUUUGUUCUUGUGUAUUCACAAUUGUACAUUCUUCAUUUAAAGGGUGUUCGGAUGAAUUUAUAAGUUUUUCUUGAAGUAUUUAUUAAGAUAUUUGACCGUUC